CCCCACACGCUUCAUUCUUCAAAAGCUUAUGAAGAAGUUGCAGAGCCCGACUGAUUCUUCUUCCCCUGCUGCAGCAUUUCGUCUCCAUAACGGAGAAGAAAACAAACAAUCCUCAAAGCCCAAAAGAAAAGAGAAAAAGGUAGUACCAAGCACCCCCAUCGAGGAUGUUGUGUUGAACAUGAGUCCGCACGAAGGCAAAAAAGAGCAUUCGUUUUGCGAUACAGAGAGGCUCAUGGGCUCCGGUUCAAGAGUUCACGUGCAGACCUUGCGCAUAGCCCAGAGCAUGAUGGCGACGGUACUUGUACUGUUUCUCUCGUGGGCUUCCUCUUCUUCUUCUUCUUCGGUCUCGGCUUCUGUGACUUACGACCACAGAGCCAUUAUCGUCAAUGGGCAGAGGAGGAUCCUCAUUUCUGGGUCCGUUCACUACCCGAGGAGCACUCCUGAGAUGUGGCCUGAUCUUAUUCAGAAGGCCAAAGAUGGAGGCUUGGAUGUUAUCCAAACGUAUGUCUUUUGGAAUGGACACGAGCCUUCUCCAGGAAAAUAUUAUUUUGAGGACAGAUAUGAUCUUGUCCGGUUCAUAAAGGUGGUACAGCAAGCAGGACUUUACGCUCAUCUCCGCAUUGGUCCUUAUGUUUGUGCAGAAUGGAACUUUGGGGGAUUCCCCGUCUGGCUAAAAUACGUGCCGGGCAUCGUUUUCAGGACGGACAAUGAGCCGUUCAAGGCGGCAAUGCAACGGUUCACAGAGAAAAUAGUGAACAUGAUGAAGGCUGAAAAUCUGUUCGAGUCUCAGGGAGGUCCGAUUAUUCUGUCUCAGAUUGAGAAUGAAUAUGGACCGGUGGAAUGGGAAAUCGGUGCUCCCGGCAAGGCAUACAGCAAAUGGGCCGCUGAUAUGGCCGUCGGACUCGGCACCGGGGUCCCAUGGGUUAUGUGCAAGCAAGAAGAUGCCCCUGAUCCAGUUAUUGAUACCUGCAAUGGCUACUACUGCGAGAACUUUAAACCUAACCGGGAUUACAAACCAAAGAUGUGGACCGAAGCCUGGACCGGCUGGUAUACAGAAUUUGGCGGAGCAAUACCACAUAGACCGGUUGAAGACUUGGCAUAUUCCGUUGCGAGGUUCAUUCAAAAUGGCGGUUCUUUUGUUAAUUAUUACAUGUAUCACGGAGGAACUAACUUCGGUCGGACAUCCGGUGGUCCAUUCAUUGCCACAAGCUAUGAUUAUGAUGCUCCUAUAGAUGAAUUUGGUCUACCGCGCGAACAGAAAUGGCGUCAUUUGAGAGAUUUACAUAAAGCCAUCAAGCUGUGCGAAUCAGCUUUAGUUUCUUCCAAUGCAACCAUAAGCUCGCUUGGAAAUAAACAAGAGGCUCAUGUGUUCACAGCUAAAUCCGGAGACUGUGCGGCUUUUCUUGCAAACUACGACCCGAAUUACUCAGUCAAGGUGACAUUCACAGGUAGACAGUAUGAUUUGCCGCCUUGGUCCGUCAGCAUCCUACCUGACUGCAAAACUGUAGUCUUCAACACCGCAAGGAUCGGUGCCCAAAGCUCUCUUAUGAAGAUGACUCCUCCGGAUAAUACCUUCUUGUGGCAGUCAUUUAAUGAAGAAACUCCCUCGGCUGAUGAUGUAGACACGACUGCAAUGGAAGGGCUUCUGGAACAAAUUAAUAUUACAAGAGACUCUUCAGACUAUUUGUGGUACAUGACAGACAUUGUGAUAGAACCUGAUGAAGCUUUUCUAAAGAAUGGUCAGUAUCCUGUUCUCACAGUAUGGUCAGCAGGACAUGCCUUGCAUGUUUUCAUCAAUGGUCAACUAGCAGGGACUGCAUAUGGAGGACUCGAAAACCCAAAGCUAACAUUCACUGACAACUUGAAGCUAAGAGCGGGGAUCAACAAAUUGUCUCUCUUAAGCAUUUCCGUGGGGCUGCCGAAUGUUGGUCUCCAUUUCGAGACGUGGAAUGCUGGGGUCCUUGGACCAGUCACCUUGGAGGGUCUUAACUCUGGCACUUGGAAUUUGACUAACUGGAAAUGGUCCUACAAGGUUGGUUUGAAGGGUGAAGCUUUGGGUCUGUAUACCUUCCGCGGGAGUUCAUCUGUUGAAUGGAUGAAAGGAUCGUCAGUGGUCCUAAAACAGCCCUUGACCUGGUACAAGACUACUUUUGACGCGCCAGAAGGAGACAACCCGUUAGCCUUAGAUAUGAGCAGCAUGGGAAAAGGUCAAAUAUGGAUAAAUGGUCAGAGCAUUGGGCGACACUGGCCUGCUUAUGUAGCAGAGGGAAGCUGCGGCGAAUGCAAUUAUGCUGGAAUUUUCAACGAGAACAAAUGUAGAACUAAUUGCGGAGAGCCAUCUCAAAGAUGGUAUCAUGUUCCUCGCUCAUGGCUGAACCCCACUGGAAAUUUACUAGUUGUUUUCGAGGAAUGGGGCGGAGUACCAGCAGGAAUUUCUUUGGUGAAAAGAAUGACAGGAAGUGUCUGUGCUGAUAUCUUCGACGGACAGCCUGUGCUGAAGGACUGGCAUACAUAUCCAAAAGCCCACUUGAUGUGUCCUCCCGGGCAGGAAAUCUCCAAGAUAAAGUUUGCUAGCUACGGAUUGCCACAAGGAAGAUGUGGAAAUUAUCAAGAAGGACAUUGUCACGCUCACAAAUCAUAUGAUGCUCUUCAGAAGUGCAUCGGGAAACAACUUUGCUCUGUCACCGUGGCUCCAGAGGUUUUUGGAGGAGAUCCUUGUCCUGAUAGUGAGAAGAAACUUUCCGUCGAAGCAAUCUGUAGCCAACAUAAAGCGGCUUCAAUGGUGUCGGAGAUGGAAGAAUGCCGCCUCCACAGUACAUAAACUCUGUCUCUCUUCAUAGCUUUGCUCAAAUAAAGAAUCGGUUCGACAUCCAAAAAGGGCAACAUACCACAGUACUAUACAAUUCACCAGAAAAGCUAUCUUUGGUCAUCCUUUAUGUACAUAAAUGAGCAGGUAUUGCACAUAUACCUCCAAACGAUACCAAGGGCAUCCGCCAAUUAUACAUAGGAUUUUAGCUAGUCAUUCUUUUUACAUGGGUAAUCCUCCUGGUUGGACCCCGGGAGAGAAUUCCGAUUGCCUUGUAACGCACUCUAUUGAAAUUCAAUAAACCAAGCCGUCUGGAUGGCAUCUGAA